AUGGAAGCCACGAAGAUUGUCACUCAGGCCGUGAUCGAGAUCGACGAUGGAGGUAAUGACAAUUCUGAUCCCUCUAUAGAUUUUAGGGAGGUAGGAGUAGAGAAUGAUCAGUCUUCUUUUGGCGGUGCAUUGCCGGAGACCCUGGGUUUUGAUUCCGUUGGCGGCAACGAUUUCCUUCGGAGUUCUUCCGAUGGGGUGUCUUGUCGUGACGACGGUGAUCGGAAUGUACGGGAGACGCAUUCCAUGGAGGAACAGUGUAGUGAUAAGGGGAAAGAGCACGUGAUGGGGGAGAAAUUAGCAGUACCUCUGAUGAGAUGGUGA